GAGCCACCCAAUCCCCUAGGGACAGGUUUCACAACUUCCCGGAUGGGGCUGUAGUGGGUCACAGUGCAGCCUCCAGCCAGGAGGAUGGAGCGGCUCCCACUCCUGCUGCUUCUGAUGCAGUGCUCAGGGGCCCCUGGGCAGCGCUCGCCCUUGAAUGACUUCCAGGUUCUGCGAGGUACAGAGCUGCAACACCUGCCACAUGCAGUGGGGUCCAGGCCUUGGCAAGAGGAUGUAGCAGACGCUGAGGAGUGUGCAGGGCGUUGUGGGCCCCUACUCGACUGCAGGGCUUUCCACUACAACGUAAGCAGCCACGGUUGUCAGCUGCUGCCAUGGACCCAGCACUCACCUCAUACACGGCUGCAGCGCUCCAGGCGCUGCGAUCUCUUCCAAAAGAAAAGCUAUGUUCGGACCUGCAUCAUGGACAAUGGGGUCGAGUACCGCGGCACCGUGGCCAUCACCGUGGGUGGCCUACCCUGCCAGCGCUGGAGCCUCAGGUUCCCCAAUGACCACAAGUACACGCCCACGCUCCGGAAUGGCUUGGAGGAGAACUUCUGCCGCAACCCGGACAGGGACCCCGGAGGUCCCUGGUGCUAUACAACAGACCCUGCCGUGCGCUUCCAGAGUUGCGGCAUCAAGUCCUGUCGGGAGGCCGCUUGCCUUCUGUGCAAUGGCGAGGAUUACCGUGGCUCGGUGGACCGCACCGAAUCAGGGCGCGAGUGUCAGCGAUGGGACCUGCAGCACCCGCACCCGCACCCUUUUGAGCCGAGCAAGUUCCUUGAAAAAAAUCUGGACGACAACUAUUGCCGGAAUCCAGACGGCUCGGAGCGGCCCUGGUGCUAUACCACCGACCCACAGAUGGAGCGGGAGUUCUGCAACCUCCCCCACUGCGGGUCCGAGGCACAGCCGCGCCACGAGGCCACGACACUCAACUGCUUCCGCGGGAAAGGGGAGGGCUACCGGGGCACGGUCAACACCACCGCCGCGGGCGUGCCUUGCCAGCGUUGGGACGCGCAGCACCCGCAUCAGCAUCGCUUUGCGCCGGAGAAAUACGCGUGCAAGGACCUUCGGGAGAACUUCUGCCGGAACCCCGACGGAUCGGAGGCGCCCUGGUGCUUCACAUCGCGGCCUGGCAUGCGCGUGGCCUUCUGCUACCAGAUCCGGCGGUGCGCGGACGACGUGCGGCCCGAGGACUGCUAUCACGGCGCGGGGGAACUAUACCGGGGUUCGGUCAGCAAGACCCGCAAGGGCGUCCGGUGCCAGCGCUGGUCUGCCGAGACGCCGCACAAGCCUCAGUUCACACCCACCUCCGCCCCACAAGCGCAACUGGAGGAGAACUUCUGCCGGAACCCGGACCGGGAUAGUCACGGGCCCUGGUGCUACACCACGGACCCAGGGACCCCGUUUGACUACUGUGCACUGCGGCGCUGCGAUAAUGACCAACCGCCGUCCAUCCUGGAGCCCCCAGACCAAGUGCUGUUUGCAGAGUGUGGCAAAAGGGUGACUCGCCUGGACCCACGGCGCUCCAGGCUGCGUGUGGUGGGGGGUCAGCCUGGGAACUCACCCUGGACAGUCAGCUUGCGCAACCGGCAGGGCCAGCACUUCUGCGGAGGCUCCCUAGUGAAGGAGCAGUGGGUACUGACUGCCCAGCAGUGUUUCUCCUCCUGCAACAUGCCUCUCAUGGGCUAUGAGGUGUGGUUGGGCACACUGUUCCAGAACCCGCAGCCUGGGGAGCCAGGCCUGCAGCGCAUCCCAGUGGCCAAGAUGGUCUGCGGGCCCUCAGGCUCCCAGCUUGUUCUGCUCAAGCUGGAGAGGUAUGUGACAAAGGGGUGUGAGGUGGGACAGGGCCUUGUGGCCUCAGACCCUGAAUGCCCUCAUUCCUGCUGAAGAUCUGUGACCCUGAACCAGCGUGUGGCCCUCAUCUGCCUGCCCCCUGAGCGGUAUGUGGUGCCUCCAGGCACCAAUUGUGAGAUUGCAGGCUGGGGCGAGACCAAAGGUACAGGGGACAACACGGUCCUGAACAUGGCCCUUCUGAACG